AUGGAAGACCAAUGUGAUUCAGGAAAAGGGUUGGUCUCGAUACUCAUAUCGGAUUCAAAGAUUGUUAGGGAGAAGCAGGUGAGUACUAAAUUGGGACAAGAACGUGACUUGGGUUCUCGUAAGCUGCUUAAAAUGCAAGAUCUUGAAUAUGUUUGCCUGCCUAAAGGUAUCAGCUUCUUUUUAAUUGAAUUUUUUGGCGUCGGCAAGGAUUGGGUUGCAGCAAUGGAGGGUUAUGGAGAAAGGGGUGGGUUGUGGAUGAAUUUUCGAAUUUACCCUAAGUUUUGA